AUGGAAGGUUUUCACCCUUCUAUGACCUCUCCUUUUUCGUACACAUUCCCUAUCAGUGAUGCUGGUACUAGCAAUGUUAGUACUACUACCACUGGCACUAGUUACAGCACUUCCACUCCAUGGAUGAACAGCAGAAUAUGGAGCAAGCUCCCUCAGAGGCUUCUUGACCGUGUCUUAGCCUUUCUUCCUCCACCGGCAUUCUUUCGUGCACGUUGUGUUUGCAAGAGAUGGUAUGCACUUCUCUUCUCCAACACCUUCCUCGAAUUGUACCUCCAAGUCUCACCACACCAACACUGGUUCUUGUUCUUCAAGCACCACAAGACCCGCAAGAGCUACAUCUACAAAAACAACAACAACAACAACGGGAGUAGCGAUGGUUGUGGACAUAUUGGUGCGUUUGAAGGGUACCUCUUUGAUCCCUAUGAGAUGUCAUGGUACCGCAUUUUCUUUGCUUUGGUCCCUUCCGGCUUCUCUCCAGCUUCAUCUUCUGCUGGUUUACUUUGCUGGGUUUCUGAUGAAGCUGGUCCAAAGACCAUGCUUCUGAGCAACCCUUUAAUCGGUUCUCUCACUCAGCUACCUCCAACGUUAAGACCUAGACUCUUCCCUUCCAUUGGCUUAACCAUUAGGCCCACCUGCAUAGAUGUCACUGUUGCUGGUGAUGACAUGAUAUCACCUUAUGCAGUUAAGAACCUGACAUCUGAAAGCUUUCACAUCGAUGGAGGAGGGUUUUACUCCCUGUGGGGCACCACCGCUUCUCUUCCAAGGCUCUGCAGUCUCGAAUCUGGAAGAAUGGUUUAUGCUGAAGGGAAACUCUACUGCAUGAAUUGUAGCCCUUUCAGUAUUUUGGCUUAUGACAUCACAUCAAACACUUGGUUCAAAAUACAAGCCCCAAUGAGGAGGUUUCUGAGGUCUCCAAACCUAGUUGAGUGCAAGGGGAAACUUCUCCUUGUUGCUGCUGUUGAGAAGAGCAAGCUGAACGUGCCCAAGAGUUUGAGGGUUUGGAGUUUGCAGGCUUGUGGGACAAUGUGGGUGGAGUCAGAGAGAAUGCCUCAGCAACUUUAUGUUCAGUUUGCUGAACUGGAAGAUGGAAAUGGAUUUGAAUGUGUAGGGCAUGGUGAGUUUAUUGUGAUCAUGAUUCGUGGAACGGACAAGGCGUUGCUGUUUGAUAUAUGCAGGAAGAGGUGGCAGUGGAUUCCACCUUGUCCUUACAUUGUACAUGAUGGAUUUGAGUUGCAUGGUUUUGCGUAUGAGCCUAGGCUUGCCACACCUGUCACUGGCCUUCUUGAUCAAUUGGCACUUCCCUUCCAGAGUUUUAAUGCUUAA